GGCCCAGCCGUGGCGCCCCUGUCGCAGGCAGCUGGUCCUUGGGAUGGGCUGGCAGCAGGUGGCAGCCAGGAAUACUUGACCCCGGCCCCCAGAGGCUCCAGGCCCUGCAGGCGCACACGCACAUGCCCCAGCCCGGGAUGGGCUGCCCACAGCGUAGCAGGGGCUUCACCUGAGCAGGAGCGGCAGCCUGGGUUCCUGGAGUGGUCUCCGUGCCAGCCUCCCUUGCCCUGACAGUGACUAGCCUCAGGCACAGGCAGCGCUGGGCAGGUCAGGUCGAUGCAGGCCAAACGAUGACCAGUUGUGGGCAGCGGUCCUGGAACGCGCUCGCCCUGCUCCUCGCACUGCUCUUCUCAGCAGGCCUGUCUGCACAUUUCCGGGUGUGUGAGCCCUACACCGACCACAAAGGCCGCUACCACUUCGGCUUCCACUGCCCCCGGCUCUCAGACAACAAAACCUUCAUCCUGUGCUGCCGGCACAACAGCUCGGUCUUCAAGUACUGCUGCAACGAGACAGAGUUCCAGGCGGUCAUGCAGGCGAACCUCACGGCCAGCUCUGAGGGCUACGUGCACAACAACUACACCGCCCUGCUGGGAGUGUGGAUCUACGGCUUCUUCGUGCUCAUGCUCCUGGUCCUGGACCUGCUGUACUACUCGGCCAUGAACUACGACAUCUGCAAGGCGUCCCUGGCACGCUGGGGCAUCCAGGGACGAUGGAUGAAGCAGGACACCCGGCAGUGGGGGGACCCUGCCCGGGCGUCACGGCCACGGCAGCCAGUCCCGGUCCCGCAGCCCCAACCCCCGCCUGGGCCCCUGCCGCAAGCACCAGCGCCCCAGGCCGUGCACACGCUGCGGGAAGACCCCCACAGCCCGCCGCUGAUGUCCUUCCAGAGUUCGUCCGCCUGAAAACCCCUUUGCUGUGCCUCAGGAUGGGAGAGGCAGGAUGGGAAGGACUCGGCGCAGCCUCCAAGGACGACCUCAGCAGAGACACCAGGCAGAGCCGAGGUGGCGGCGAUCGCAGCGGUGACAGCAGAGCAAACGCCACCUGUGCCCAGAACCCUCUUCCGUGGACUUCUAAGAUUCAGAGUAAACUCAGGGGUGGGGACCGGGGAUGCCAGGAGGUUCUGAGCCUCCUGUCUGCAAGCAAUAGUUCUCUUUGGGGCUGGUGGCUGCUGAGAGGUGACUCGUGGGCUCGGAUGACGGGGCCUAGACCUUGAGGCCUACCCAUGGUCUACACCCCGAAGCUUCCCCUGCCCCUCUCCUUCCAACAGUGCCCCUCGGGCCUCUCUGCCCAAGGACUGAGUGUGAGCGCGUGUGCGUGUGUGAUUUGGGCUGUCCUUUGUUUGUUGGUUUUUACUGGCGUUCCCCUGGGAGUGCUCCUGUGGCACAGGUCCCCGUGUGGCUGGGGGCUGCUGCCAGUGUCCUUUCUUGUUGCAGCCAGCAGCCCCAAGCCGGAUGGGAAUGGCCGGGCACAGGGCCCAAGGUACAGCCUUGCUGUGGCUCAGGUAGCUCUAGGGGAGGCACUGGAACAGCAGAAAGGGUUGUUUCUUGUAGAACUUGUUCCUGUGACAGCAAGAGUAAAAGAUGAGUCAUGGACAGCCACAGGGCAGCCACCAGGUUAGGUGCUUUCACAUAUACUGUCACAGCCCCUGGGGGGCGGACGUGACUGAGCGCUUCGGAAGCAGCUCACAGUGGAGACAAAUGCCCUGUCCUGUGGCCAGGAGGGCCCAGCCUUGGGUUGGCUUCAGGGACCUCGGGCUUGGAGGCCAGCCUGAGUUUGAUUUCAGAAGUGCAGUACUGAAAGUCCAGCCCACAGAGACCUGCGUAGAAGUGUUUCUGCGGCCCAGGAGCUCCCUGCUAUACCUGGGCAUCUCCAGAACCUGCCCAGCAGGGAGCUGUCACCCAGAUUCCUAGCACUGCUCCAGGGUCUGUCCACCCACACAUGCUGGCUCAGUAGCACCAUGUUCCAGGCAGUGACAGGGACGGGAGGUCCUGCCAGCUGGUGGGAGAAACAAAUGGGAUCUUUAUAGACAGGGUGGCAAGGCUGCUGGGUACCCAAGCUGAAGGUUCUAGAAUUCCACCCUCUGUAGCGCAGGGCUUCCACAUGGAUCUCGCUGCCUGUAACAUCCACCCUCACAGGAUGCACACGGGAGGAUCACAGGGGUCCCCCAGGCCACACUGCCUGUGUAGAUGUGCUCAUUGUCCCCGUGUUAGCAGACUGGAAUCCCAGCUCUUAGUUCGGUGUCCCUCCUGGCCUGUGUAGUGACAGGGCCAUCCCCAGCAUACCCACACAGAUCAGCCAUCAGCGCUGCUGGCGGGGCAGGAAGAUGGUGACGAGACAUUUGUUGAGGACAAGGACAGCUGUCGGGAGCCUUGCUGAGGACCCUUUCUGGCCACCCACGAGCCAGCCCUGUGGCACUCAGGUGGUCUGGUGCACACAGUGUGGCUUUGCUUGGGGUCUGGGGCAAGGAGGGGCAUGAUGUCCUUUCCCCUCAGUGCAGAGCACUCUAGGACAUGCUCCAGGGCUGCAUCCCUGUGGGUCAGCAAUGUCCCAGGACAGCCCAGCUGGAUUAGCCCACACCCCUGUGGGAACCACGGGAGUCGGAGCAAGCCUGGGCUGGGACUGGGGUGCUGAAGGUCCGGAUCCUGGCAUCAGCUCUGCUGCUAAGAGCGGUGUGACCUCAGGCCAUGCCUGUGCUCUUGUCACCUCAGUUUCCCCAUUAGUGACAGGAGUCAGCCCAGGUGCCUAGAGGCUGCUGGCUUCCUAUGUACCUGGAUGGUGCACACAGCGAUGCUUCCCCUGUCAAGCAUGGGCUGUUGACCUGUCCCCUGCCCCUUGGGCACAGGGAUGGGAGCUGAGAGCCUACUGUCACUACACAGGGCUGACCCUGCUGAUUGGCAUCCGUCUGGAUUUGUGACCUUCUGCGAGGGAGUCCCUGGCCACCAGAGGUCUUGAAAGUCCCCUCUGGAGCUGAUGGUCCAAGGGCCUUGGAGGGGACCUCGGCUCCAGCCCAGCUGCUUCCCUGUGGGUGCCUUGGCCGGUGGCCCGACCUCCCUCAGCCUCCUGGGAUCCCCUGCCACUUGUAGCUCCUCAGAGCUCCCAGGACCAGAAAAGUCCUGGGGACAAGCCAGUCAGUAGCGGGUCCGUGAGAGUCCAACACAGGGCACAGCCGCGCUCCAGGGGAGACUCUGGGCAGUGUCCGGGCCUGAAUUUUCAAGCCUCCUGCUCUUCCCCUCUCCUGUCUGCUCCUGGCCCCCCACCUGUCACUUAUCAUCAGCAGUGAUAAGCAUAAAAAUCCCGAAGAAAGCAGGGCAAGAAGACAUCAGUGCGCCCGCUGCCGAGGGCUGCACGUGUCGGUCCUGAGCUCGCUGUCUGUGACUCCUCCCCCGCGCGGGGCACGGUCCCUGUGUGCACAUGGUUCCGUCGCUGUGUCUCUCAGAGUCUCAGCAUCAUCCGGGCUGUGGUCCCAUCCAGAGAGGAGCCUGCUCACACGCAGUGGCUCACCCAUGUGCAGCGGGCCUUAGCACAAGAUCACCCAUGCACGCGCAUACAUGUGUGCACACGUGCACGCACACACGCACACGCGCGCCUGUGACUGGCAGGCAGACCUGGCCCCUCCUGGGUCCAAGGCACUUUCUGAGACAGCGGGGACACAGCACUGGGUCCCCCCACCAGUCAGCACCAGGAAACCCCUGAGGCAGGAACGGGUGUGGUCUUCCUCAGCCAAGAGAUGCCCUGGCUCUAGGCCCCAUCAGAAGUCCUCUCUGGUCACGCCAAACAGUGGGGCUGUGGUGUGGCCUCACUCUGGUGUCCCUCUGUCCCCUGUCCCUGUCCGGCUGCAUCCCCCUCAUGGGGCUGGCUGGAGGCUGGCCCGAGAGGAAACAGUGCCCAGAACAGCAGGCUUGGUGAUCUUUCCCAGCUGGCUUCUGCAGCUCAGCUCACUGCCCCUUGGGGAGUGGAGUGAAGAGUCUCUGCUGAGGCAGUUCAGGUUGGGCACAGGGACAGGAUGGUGACACUGUCUCCCUCCCCAUCUGCUGUGAAAAUCUGGGAUUGGAAGAGCAGCAGGAACCUCUGGGGGCUAGGUCUCCCAUCUGCCUGGCCCCCGUGGGCUACCUGAGCGGUCCAAGGGCCACAUGACCUCACCAGCUGAGGUCAUGUCCUGUACCUUCCAGAAACCACACCUGUACCUGAAUAAGGAGCCCUUGCCCAUCCCACCCGUGAAAGUGACCUUGACACCCUCCCUGGCCCCACCCAUUUCUGGUCCAGGAACCAGACUGAGCUGGUGCUAGGCAGACGCUUGGUGAGUGAACAGAUUUAACCAUUCGUCACUCUGUAGCCCAAACUCCUAUUUUUUAAAUCAGAUCCCUGACCCCUUUGCCCUUGACAAACUGACAUUCAGGGCUCUGGGGAUGCCAGCCAGACGGGCCCCACUCACAGUGCUGUCACAUGAAUGGAACAGGAUUCUGGGGUCCCUGCAGAAUUACCCUGAGCUGCCCUGCAGAGCGGGCAGGGUCCUACUGCAGCACACUGACCCGGAACCCUGGGCCCCGAGCCACCGUCCCAUGGCCGCCGCAGCACCCAGCUCAUGGCCCAAGAGGGUCUCUCCUUAGAUGUGCCUCGGUUUCUCACAGUGGCUUCUUUUCCUCCCCUGUUUCCUGUGUCACAGUCGCAUCCCCAACCAGUGGGUGUCUGGGUGACGUGCAGUGAGCACGUGGGGCCAGGGUGAGGGCUUCGUCACCCAGUUACCUCCACAGGCCAGGAAACCUCCCCCAAAAGGUCACGGUCUCCCCAGGGCCAGCGGGAAGAGGGCGUGCAGGUCUGGGGGUGGGGUCGCCCCUCUGUGCUGGAAACCUCAGUUUCAUGUGAUGAGGUAGGGGUCACAGAUGGCUGGUAACCGGGAAAACCAAAAAACUAAUACUGUUCCUACUAAUAUCCUCCUCUGUGACAAUGACGUGUUUUACACUGACCGCUGUUAACGCUGCUUUUGUCUUUAUAUACGUAGUUUUUAUAAAGAUGUCCUUAGGUUUUAAUAAAGGAGUGUCACAUACACUGU